CUGCUGCCGCAUUCAAAUGUUUGUCCACUUAGCUGGCUGAGAUGCGGCCUCUGUGUUUUAUGACGAUAAAGAGCAUCGAAAAUAUUGUUUGUCGACAUCGUCUUUAGAUGAUAUGCUAUGAAGCUGACACGUAAACUGGUUCUCGCUAAGGCCAAGGCCUCCGACUUGGAUAGCGUGAAGAAACUGAACUGCUGGGGAUGCAACCUGACUGAUAUUUCUAUCUUCUCUCAAAUGCCCAACAUCGAGGUGCUGACACUGAGUGUCAACAGCAUCUCAUCACUCUCUCCUCUGGCCGGCUGUCUGUCCCUGUGUGAGCUCUACCUGAGAAAGAACAUGAUCCCCUCACUCUCUGAGCUCUCUCAUUUGCGACCGUUGACGCGCCUCAGAGUUCUCUGGUUGGCUGAAAACCCCUGUUGUGGAAGUGACCCAAGCCAGUACCGCCUCACUGUACUGCGCUGCCUGCCUCGCCUCCAGAAGCUAGACAACCAAGUAGUGACAGAGGAUGAGAUUGCAAUGGCUGUCAUGGAGGGUGAAGAGGUCACCACACCGCCAGGCACUGUCCAGAACCAGCUGUCUACCAACGGACAUCCAGAUGCAGAGACAGAGAAUGACCCGCUCAACUACAACAUGGAGGAGACCAAUAAAAUCCGGGAAGAGCUGGGGAUGAAACCCCUUUCCAGAGACAAGUUCCCCUCUCUUUCUUCUCCGUCCACCAGAGAAACCAGACUGUCUAUGAAAAAGACACACAUUCUAGAUGCAGUGCUGCUGCUGCUGAGGGAUUUGGAUGAAGAGGAGCUUCUCGUCGUACACACUGCCACGCAGAACAGACUCCAGACUUACACACUGGACUCUGAAGAUACACUACACACACAGAAAACCGCUGACAUCCAACACUAAAACAUUGCAUAGCAUGCACUCAGGGCCAAAUCCUACACUCCCCCUUUUUUAACCACCAAACUUACACAAACCCGAUCCUUGCAUCGCUUUUUCUCCUGCAACCCUCAGAUUGCAAUAAGCAUAUCAUGUUAUAUUUAUUUGACUUCACUGACCAUUUUCCCUGUCCAGGUUUCACAUGAAUAAAACCUUUUGCUUUAUUUUUAUUUUUAGAGCAGCAUGCCUACCUGCCUUGUGAGAACAAAAGAAUGUAUGUUUUUUGCUGAAUGCAAAUCUAUUUCUGUAAUUAAACAGAAAAUUGCAAUA